AUAUUCCACCCUCCAGCGGCAGACUUGUCUGUAUUUGACUGACAACACGGCUAUAAAAUUCAGCUGAUGAGCAACUGCAAUGACGAAUGCUCAUCCCGCCACCAGCUCUGAAGCUCUGACACCACCCAUGGCGGCUCUCGCUCUCGCCCUUGCCCUCGCCAGCAUCACCCUCUCCACGCUUGCUCCACGACCCCUGCCCCUGAUGACCAGCGCCUUCUCCUAUACCGCACCGCAUGACACUAUACCACGGAAAUCCCGGCUCAUCGUCGAGGAGUACAAGACCCGAAUCCUGCGGUCGUCACCGGACGGCACCUUCUCCUGCGGCUUCCACCAGAUCUACGACGGCGCCUUCACCUUCUCGGUAUGGUACACCAACUCCUCGACCGACGGCGACGACACGGCCGCCAUCGUGUGGAGCGCCAACCGCGGCCGCCCGGUGCACGCCUGGGGCGCGGCCGUCGCCCUGCGCAAGGACGGGAGCAUGGUGCUCACCGACUACGACGGCACGGUCGUGUGGCAGGCCCAGGAGAGCAGUUCGUCCCCGGACGCGGGCGCGGCCCAGUACGCGCAGCUGCUGGACACCGGGAACCUGGUCCUCAAGAACUCCAGCGGCGCCAUCGUGUGGCAGAGCUUCGACUCGCCGACCGACACCUUCCUCCCCACGCAGCGCAUCGCGGAGACGUCCAGGCUAGUCUCCACCACCGAGCUGCAGCUCCCCGGCCACUACGCCUUCCGCUUCAGCGACCAGUCCAUCCUGUCGCUCAUAUACGACGACACCAACGUCACCAGCGUGUACUGGCCGGACCCCGACUUCCAGUACUACGAGAACAGCAGGAACCUGUACAACAGCACCAGGAUCGCGAGCCUUGGCCCAUCCGGGGACAUCUUCUCGAGCGACUUCGCGAACAGCCAGCAUGAGCUCGCCGCCGCUGACAGAGGCGCCGCUGGUAUCCUGAGAAGGCUUAGGCUGGACCGCGACGGGAACCUCAGGCUCUACAGUCUCAACAGCUCGGACGGGACCGGGACGUGGUCGGUCUCAUGGGUUGCCGAGUCCCAGCCAUGCAAGACCCACGGCCUCUGUGGCCCGUACGGGAUAUGCCACUACUCGCCUGCGCCGGUGUGUUCUUGCCCGCCUGGCUACCAGAUGACGAACCCGGGCAACUGGACGCAAGGUUGCCGGCCUGCUGUGGACAUACCUUGCGACGACGACGGGGAGCAAAACCUGACCUUUCUGGAGCUACGGAACACCGAUUACUGGGGAUCUGAUCAGGAACGCAUCGAGAAGGUGUCACUGGAAACCUGCAAGGAUACGUGCUUAAGAGACUGCUCCUGCAAGGGGGUUCAGUACCAGGAAGGGAACGGUACGUGCUACCCGAAGUCUCUCCUCUUCAACGGGAGGUCCUUCCCGACGCCCACCGUGCGCACCAUGUACAUCAAACUCCCAUCGUUAAGUCUGAAGGCAUCAAAGCUCCCCAUUCCGCAGUCCAACGUGCUUGAUUCUUCGGUACCGCACCGGCUCAGGUGUGAUCCAGUAACAAGCACGACGAUCAUGGAAAAGGACUCCCAUAGGAGGACUGAUCAGGAGGAGCCAAGAUGGAUCUACUACUUCUACGGGUUCGUCGGCGCCUUCUUCGUUAUCGAGGUCUUCUUCUUCGCGUUCGCGUGGUUCUUCGUCCUGAGGAGGGAGCUGAGGUCGUCGCAGGUAUGGGCAGCUGAGGAAGGCUACAAGAUGAUGACGAACCAUUUCCGGAUGUACAGCUACAGGGAGCUGGCCAAGGCGACCGAAAAGUUCACGCAUGAGCUCGGAUGGGGAGGCACUACCUACAAGGGGGUCCUGGACGACGGCCGAGCGGUGGCCGUCAAGAGACUGGGAAACAUAAGGCAGCACAGCAGAGAGGAGUUCCACGACGAGCUGCACGUCAUCGCAAGGAUCAACCACAUGAACCUGGUAAGGAUGUACGGCUUCUGCUCGGAGAGGUCCCACAGGAUGCUGGUCCUCGAGUACGCGGACAGAGGGUCCUUGGCCGACGUGCUGUUCAGAGGCAGAGGCAGAGGCGGCAACAACAACAACAGCAAAACCUCCUCCUCCCUAGACUGGAAGCAGAGAUUCAGCGUGGCCCUGGGCGUCGCCAAGGGCCUGGCCUACCUCCACCACGAGUGCCUGGAGUGGAUCGUCCACUGCAACCUGAAGCCCGAGAACAUCCUGCUGGACCAGGACCUGGAGCCCAAGAUCGCCGACUUCGGGCUGGCGAAGCUGCUCAGCAGGUCCGGGUCCGGGCCGGCCCGGAACGUGACGCCGACGCGGGCGCGAGGCACCGUGGGCUACAUCGCCCCGGAGUGGGUGUCCGGCCUGCCUAUCACGGCCAAGGCCGACGUGUACAGCUACGGCGUCGUGCUCCUUGAGCUGGUGUCGGGGACGCGGGUCUUCGACCUGGUACUCAAGGGCGAGGAGGACGACAGGGCGCAUGCGCAUGCGGUGCUGAAGAAGUUCGUCAGGAUGGUCUCGUACAGGCUGGACAAGGAUGAGCCGUUCUGGGUAGCGGAGUUCGUGGACUUGAGGCUGGGUGGUGAGUUCGACUGCUCGCAGGUGAAGGGGAUGCUCAGGCUGGCCGUCUCGUGCUUGGAGGAAGAGAGGAAAAAGCGGCCCACCAUGGAAUCGGUAGUCCAGAGCCUCCUCUCGGUUAAUUCAGCUGGAAGCCAAUAGAACAGCAAUACGGUGACAGAGAGAGAGUGUGUGUGUGCAAGGGGUUUUUUUUUUUUGUUGAUUCAAAGCAAAGCACCUUAUUGUAAGCGCCACACUUGUUUUCGCAGUCUAGAGAGAGAAAGUGUGUGUUUUACCUGUACAUCACUGCUAUGUGCUGUGUAACGAUGGAACGGGAACAGCGGUAAUGUAGUUCUUUGUAGUCGCUUUUCUGUACAUGCAUUGAACAUUUUCUUGAUGCUGGCAAUGGUAGAUGUUUCAGGACCAAA